UGGAAAUUUUUUAAGCGGAUAAAAAAAAUAUAUCAAUUUUUUUACGUUUACAUUUUUUGCGAAAAAUUUAUUGAAAAAUAUAAAAAGAAAAUUGUAAAUUUUUACGUGAUUAUCAAAAGUUUGGAAAAAAAGGAAUAAAACAAAUAAUUUUGUUUUUUAUUUUAAAAAAUUAUAAAAAUAUGUAAAAAAUUUUUAUUAUUUUAAAACUACAUUUAAAAUAAAUAAAAAAAAAAUUAUUUUAUUAUUUUUUAAUUUGCAUGGGCUUAAAGUAAACAAAACAUAAACACAAAGCUAGCAACAGUAAAAGGAUAUACGAAAAAUAUUUAGAAAAAUAGCAAAAGAAUAGAAAAAAUCAGUGUUAAAAUUUUUACUUAAAGAAAUUUUGUUUUUUGUCUUUAAAAUUAAAUACGUGAAAAUCUUUAAAUUAAAAAUUAUUUUGGUUACUUUCUUCAACACUAUAAAUAUACAAUAAAUACAAAAAGUAGAGAAAAAGAAGAAGAUGUUCUGAAAAUACAAAUUUUAUUCUAUUUUAUAUUUUCUAUAGCCCUACAUAUUUUAAUAUUUUACAAAAAUUCUCUCUUGAAUUGAGAAUCAACUUUUUCUUUUUCAAAAAUAAUUAUUAUUAUAAAGAUUUGAUUAAAAGAAAUUAAAAAUAAAAGAGAAAAGAAGAAAAAAUAUUAAAAGAAAAUUAAAAUUAUUAGAAUUAUCCUUACUAUAUAUACAAACAUAUAAAAUAUAACAAUAUCGUAAAUUAUAUAUAGCCUAGAUUCUAUGUGAUUCUUAUUUUAUGUGAAAUAAAAAUUAUUACUGAAAGGAGAAGCAAAUUUUGUGUUGUAUUUUUGUUUUUUCCUUUUUUUGGGCUAUUUCAUAUUAAUAAUAAUGAAAACAUAAAAUAAAUAUAAUAUAACAAGUGAAAAUAAAAAUAAACAUAAAUUUACAUAAUAUACAAAAAAAAUUAAAAAAAAAAACAAGGAAUCCUUACAAAAAAUAAAUUAAAAAUAAAAAAUAAAAGAACAACUACAGCAGCAGUAGCAGCAGCUAUUAACUAUGAUGUUAUAAAUAUAAGGAUAAUACAAAAAAAAAAUAAAAUAAUAACAAAAAACAAACAAGAAAUUCAAAAACAAAAAAAAAUAAAAAUUAAAAAAAAUAAUAAUAACAAUACGAAAAAAGGAGAAAAAAAGCAAAAAAUUUGAUUUCAGGACUUUUGGAUGUUAGUAUUAGUGAAAUGGACAAUGUUUGAUAUUAAAUUUUUCAUUUUGAAUAUUUUUAUUUCCCUUGUGUUCCAUUCACCAAAAAUAUCCUGUAGCAAUCUAAAUUAUAACGAAAUUUAUAAUGAUUACGAUUCAACGUUACAAUCUCAAAAAACGAUACCUGAAAAUAUUUACAAUUCAGCUGAAGUGCAAACACAAACAUCAUUUUUAAAUUCGGAAAUAAAUAAUAACAAUAAUGAUAAGGAAAAUAAUGAAAAUUUAGAUGGUGAUGAUGAUGAUGAUAAUAAUAAUAAUGAUGAUGAUAACUCAAGUGAUUUAGAUGAACAAAAAUUUAAUAAAGGAGAUCUAUAUCCAGAUUAUAGUAUACUCAAUGGACGUAAUCAAGUGCAACUUAAAUCAGAGGAUAUAGAACAAAAAGAAUUAGUUGAACAACAACAGCAACAGCAACAACAACAAAAACAGCAAUAUCAGCAAUAUGAAUAUGAAAAAUCUUCAUCAACGCCAAUAGCAUUAAUAACAACAACAACAUCAUCAUCAUUAUUAUCAGCAUUUUAUGAUGAAAAUAUUAAUAACGAUAAUAGUUAUAAUAAUAAUAAUAAUAAUAUAAAAAAGGAUAAUGAAAAUGAAAAUGAACAGCAACUAAAACAAAAACAACAACAGGAACAUGAACAAGAAAAUAUUAACGAUUCUCUAGAUAGAAGAACAGAAAGUGAAGAAGAUUUACAUAAUAAAUUUACAUCAUCAUUAUCAUCACCAUCAUUGUCAUCAUCGAUUGAAAAUUUUAAAGUAGAUGAAAUAAAAUAUCUUGAUGAAAAUUUUUUAAUAAAUCAUAGAGGACAAAUUCAAUCCAAUUUCGACAAGCAUAAAAUACAUCAAAGAAAAGGCAGCAAUGUAAAUAAUUUUAAUAACAGUAAUAUAAAUAAACAUAAAAAGACACUAAAAUUCAAAGAUUUUGAGAGCUUUCUGAGACACAAUCAAUUGAACACAAAUAAUGAAGAUAAAGAAAUUUCAAUAUCAACGCACAACAAUAUUAAACCAACAUAUGAUCAACAUCAAUCACAAUAUACUGAAGAUAAAAUUAGAACAUUAGACGAUAAUCCAGUAAUAACAUCAGAAGACAAGGAUGAUGAUAUAAUUCCGUUAUAUCAAAAAAACGAAAAAUUUCAUAAUAGAUAUCAUAAUAUUAAUCAUCAUCAAUAUAAUCAUAAUAAUCAUCAUCACCAUCAUCACCAUCAUCAUCAACAACAACAUCAGCAGCAUCAACAUUUAAGAAAUCAACGUUAUCCAACAGAGCAAUUACACCAACAAAGAUAUCAUCGUUUGCAUCAUUUACACAAUCGUUAUCAUCAAUAUAAUAAUAUACAACAUCAUCAUCAUCAUCAGCAUAAUCAUAAUAUUAAUAAAAUGAAACAUCAUACAAAGAAAUGGCCCAAUUUGUCACGAUCUCAAUAUCAAUUACCAUCUGAACAAAAUGACUACAUUGAUGACUUACCGCCAUAUAUUAAAAAAUACAAUAGACGUACUAAACAAUUACAAGAUUUACUUGAAGGAACAAUAUCACCACAAUCAGCACAACCUCUACCAUCUUCUUCAUUACAUUCAAUAUCAAAAUCACAAUCCUAUCCACCAUCAUCAUCAUCAUCAUCAAUAUUUUCAAGUCAAUCAAAUAAACAAGAACAACAAAUACAAUCAACAUCAUUAUUAAAUCCUAUACAACGAACAACAAUAAAACCAUCAUCAUAUUCAUUAUCAAAAAAGAAAAUUAAAAAUGAAAGAAUUCAUCGAAAUCAUAAUAAAAAAUGGACAAUUGAAGAUUUAUUUGAAGAGCAACGAGCAAAUCCAAAUACACCAAAUACAAAUUCAGAUGAUGAUGAUCAAUACAUGAAUGAUUCAACAUCUUUACAACAAAAUUCUAAUUUUAAUAUAAAUAACAAUAAUAAAAAUUAUAGUAAUAAUGGUAACAAAAAUAAUCGUAAUGGUCAAAAUCAAAUAAUACCAAAUAUGAGAAUAGGAACUUCAACUAUGACAACAACACCAACAACCCAAAAACCAAAUAUAACUACUACUACAACAAUAAAAAACUAUGUUCUAGAACACAAAGAAAUGUUGAAAACAAAUGAACUUCCAAUUGAUAAUGAUAACGAUAACAAUGAUGAUGAUGAUGAUGACGAUGAUAUUGAUUUUUCACAAGAGAAUUCAAUUGAAUACGAUACUGUUGAUAAUAAAAAUUUAAAUAGUUUUAAAAAUUUACCAUCAGCAAUUGUUAAUAAUAAUGACAAUAGUAAAAGUAAAUCUUUAUUUACAACAAAUAAUCGAAUUGUACCAAUAACAUCUUCAAAUUAUAAUAAUAAUAAUAAUAAUAAUCGUAACAGAUUUAGUAAUAAUGAAAAUAACAAUAAUAAUAAUAAUAAUAAUGAUAAUUCAACAUUAUCAUCAGAAAAUAAUAAUAACAAUAAUAAUAAUAAUAAUAACGAUAAUAAUAAAUGGUCAUCAAGAACAAAUUCAUUUAUAUAUCAUCGAGUUGAAGCACCACGUAUGGUUGGUAUCGGUGAUAUUGGUAAAAAACAAAGACUACCAUUUGUUGCUAUUACAGAUCGAAAAUUAGAAUUAUCAAAAAUGCAACAAAAAAAUCGACAAAGUAAUAUGUACGAACAAAAUCAUUUCCCAAUGCCUUAAAUAAAAUAAGAAUAUAAUUUAAAACAAGAAAAAAAAUGAAAACUUUACAAAUAAUAAAAAAAAAAUAAAUUAAUUAAAUAAAUUAUAUAAAUAAAAAUAAGAUAAUAAAUUUAGACGUUAAGAACUUAUAUUAUACAUAUAUACUUACUUACUAUGAAACUUACUUACUUGCAUAAAUUUACUUAUCAUUCUUUUGUGAAUUAAUUUUUUUUUUAUAUUUUAGAAUGGAUUUUCUUUAAAAUUAUACAUAUUAAAAAAAAAAAUUAAUGGUACUUACUAAGAAAAAAAUUAAUUUUUUAUUAAUAUGUUACUAUUUUAAAUUUACGCUUUUCCUCAACUUCCGAUUUAUUUACAUAUUUUAAAAAUUUUUAAUAAUUAUUUCAUAAAAAUGGUUAAAUUAAAAUUA